AUGGCCGAUCAGCGAAGGAACAAGGAUCUUUUCCACGAUGGUCUAGUGAAGCUCUUUAAAGAACAAUGGAACCCCGAUGUACUCUGUUUGGCUGGUGAGGAUGAUCACGAAGAUCCUAUCCCUGCCAAUAAAGUUAUUUUGGGAGCAAGAUCAGACGAACUCAGAGAGAUUUGUGACGGUGAUGAUAAUGAGAAGGCGACAAUCAUUCUCUACGGAAUGAACCAUGAAGCGUUAGAGGUUUUUAUUGAGUUCAUGUACGUUGGAAACUCCAUACAGUACUCCGAGAAGUUGAAGAAGCACGCAAGGUCGUUGUAUUUUGCAGCUGAUUUGUACAGCAUCCCUUUAUUACGAGACCUAUGUAGAAACCAACUUAUUUCUUCACUUAACAUGGGGAAUGCUCUUGACUUUUUGGAACUCUCCAAAGACGAUCCUCGUGAGAAAACCCUUCACUACAAAGCUUGGUGUUAUGUCAUAGAUCACAUGAAAGUGAUUGUUUUUACUCCAGAGUUUACUUCGUUCGUGAUGAGGAACACAAGUCUAGCCGUGGAGUUAUUUAGGUUUUUGUUGAUUGAUUGUCUUUCAAUAAACAAAGCUAUGGCAAAUCAAACAAACGUAGAACUUUUCACCCAUGGACUAGUGAAAGUUCUCAAAGAACAAUGGAAGGUCGAUGUAUGGCUCAAGUCCGGCCACACCAAUGAUGAUAACGAAAUCAUCGCCGCCCACAAAUUUAUUCUGGCAGCAAGAUCAAAGGUGUUCGCGACCAUGUUUGAAUCCGACAAAAUCAAGAGCUGGAUCGUUGACGAGACAAUCUCUCUCUCCGAUCUUAAACAUGAUGAGCUAGAGGUUUUUGUCGAGUUUUGUUACGCAGGGGAGUGCAUGCCUCCCGAGAAGCUAAAGAAACAUGCAAUGUCCUUGUACCGAGCAGCUGACAAAUACGAGAUUCCUUAUUUAAGGGAUCUAUGUAGAAAUCAGAUUAUGUCGUCUAUAAACGCUUCAAACGCUUUUGAAAUUCUAGAGCUCUCAAGAGUACCUCUCGAUGAAACACUCCGAGACUUUGCUAACAAUUAUAUCGCGUUUCAGUCGAGUGUGGGUUUUCCGUUAGAUAGGUUUAGGACUUUUAUGGAUCGAGAUAAGUAA